AUGUGCUAUGUGGGUAAAGCAACCAAGAUCUUCAUAUUCAUUGUCACUGUUCUAGUAGUUACUGGUCUUAUCUUGGGAUUUGGUUUACUAAGGCAUCACAAUCAAAAGACAGAUAACCAAUGUUCUGGUAAUUCUUGCGACCAAAAUCAGUAUCAAAGCCCUAUAAUUUACCCACCACCUACCUCCACUAACACCAAUACCCCAAUUUCACCAUUGCCAAUUUCAGUUCCUUCACAGCCUAAUACUCCAAAUCCUACCCCACCCCCACCAGAUGAAACACCUAAUUUAGCACCACCGCCUCCAGAUACAGUGGUUUCCUCACCGCCGGCGGUACCGCCACCGCCGCCAGUGCUCUCAUUAGCUCCGCCACCGACAUUGAGUCCUCCGGGUCCAGUUACAGUGUCGCCAGGUCCAGUACAAUCUUAG